AUGGCGGCGUACCUGAUGUCGAUCGAUAGUAAUCAUAUGCUGGAAGUUGGACUCGAAGGGUUAUAUGGGCAAUCGGUUCCGGGGAAGCAGGAGAUCAAUCCUGGUGGUGUGCUUGUUGGGACUGAUUUCAUUUCCGACAACCAAGUCCCCCAGGUCGACUUCGCCACAAUACACCUGUACCCUGAACAACGGUUGGCUAGUGCAAGUGAGAGGGACCAAGCUGUAUUUGCGGACAAGUGGGUUGAAGUCCACAUUCAAGACUCCAACACCAUCCUCAAUAAGCCGAACAUAAUGUGCGAAUUCGGCAAGUCAUCGAAUUCAUCGGGUUGCAGCAUAGAAAAGAGGGACAGCUGCUUCGGGAGCCUGUGCGACGCGAUCUACCCGAGUGCAAGCAACCGAGGGUCGUGUGCCGGUGGCCUCUUUUGGCAGGUGCUUGCCCAAGGCAUGGAUGGCUUUAGCGAUGGGUACGAAGUCAUAUUAGAGCAGAGCCCUUCCACAGCCAGCGUUAUCGCUCAUCAGCCUCGCCGGAUGGCAGCUCUCAUAUGA